AUAUGGUCCAAACCAUAUAAUAUAACUCAAAACCAUAUUAUUUCUUCCCAAGUUUUAAUCUUCUUCAAUUCAUAUUAUUCAUAUCAAGCAUUACUCAUGGCUUCCUAUAAGCUACCAAAACAAGUGACUUUGUUACUUGUUUCUCUCCUCUUCCUUGGCUAUGGUGCAGCCGCGCAAUCUCCACCUUCGGGUGAUCCUUAUCGAACCGCCUACCAUUUUCAACCUCGCAAGAAUUGGAUCAAUGAUCCGAAUGGGCCGAUGUUAUACAAAGGCAUAUAUCAUUUAUUUUAUCAGUACAACCCGAACGGGGUAGUAUGGGGUCCACCCGUUUGGGGUCACUCAACAUCAACAGAUCUAGUAAACUGGACACCACAACCAUUAACAAUGGAGCCAGAAAUGGCUUCCAAUAUUAAUGGAAGUUGGUCAGGGUCAGCCACAAUACUCCCAGGAAAUAAACCAGCAAUUCUUUUCACUGGACUUGACCCAAAAUAUGAACAAGUCCAAGUUUUAGCCUACCCUAAAAACAUAAAAGACCCUUAUCUUAAACAAUGGUUUUUGGCACCCCAAAAUCCAGUCAUGUUCCCUACCCCACAAAAUCAAAUUAAUGCCACCUCAUUUAGGGACCCCACAACUGCGUGGAUGUUGCCAGAUGGCAGAUGGAGAGUGCUCGUCGGAAGCAAACGAGGACAGCGUGGAUUAUCCUUGUUAUUUAGAAGCAAAGAUUUUGUUCAUUGGGUUCAAGCUAAACACCCUUUAUAUUCUUAUAAACUUAGUGGUAUGUGGGAAUGUCCUGAUUUUUUCCCGGUUUAUGCUAACGGUAACACAAUGGGUGUUGAUACUUCUAUAAUUGGUCGUAACAUUAAGCACGUGCUUAAAGUUAGCUUGGAUAUAAGUAAGCAUGAUGUUUAUACAAUUGGAGGUUAUAAUACUACCAAGGAUGCGUACACCCCUGAUGUGGGUUACAUGAACGAGUCGAGUUUAAGGUAUGAUUAUGGGAAAUAUUACGCGUCUAAGACAUUUUUCGACUAUGCUAAGAAGGAGAGGAUUUUGCUUGGUUGGGCUAAUGAGUCUUCUAGUGUUGAAUAUGACAUUAAAAAGGGAUGGUCCGGGAUCCACACAAUUCCAAGAAGGAUUUGGCUUGACAAAUCAGUGAAGCAGUUGAUUCAAUGGCCAAUUUCAAAUAUUGAAAAGUUGAGACAAAAUCCUGUCAAAUUAUACGGCAAAUUGAUCAAAGGAGGAUCACUAAAUGAAGUCACUGGCAUCACCGCAGCACAGGCUGAUGUAGAAGUGUUAUUCAAAAUCAAGGACUUGAAGCACGUGGAGAAGUUUGAUGCAAGUUGGACUGAUCCACAGUUACUUUGUAGCAAAAAGGGGGCUUCAGUCAAAGGUGGGCUUGGACCAUUUGGGCUUAUGACUUUGGCAUCCAAAGGCUUAAAAGAGUACACGGCUGUUUUCUUCAGAAUUUUCAAAGCCUAUGACAAUAAAUUUGUUGUCCUUAUGUGUAGUGACCAAAGCAGGUCUUCUCUAAAUCCAACUAACGACAAAACAACUUAUGGAACUUUUGUGGAUGUGAAUCCUGUUCUUGAAGGCUUGUCUUUGAGAGUUUUGAUUGAUCACUCAGUGGUGGAGAGCUUCGGAGCAAAAGGAAAGAAUGUGAUAACAUCAAGGGUAUAUCCCACAUUGGCAAUCAAUGAAAAGGCUCAUUUAUAUGUGUUCAACAAAGGGACAUCAGAUGUUGAAAUCACUGGACUAACUGCUUGGAGCAUGAAGAAAGCUUCUAUUGCUUAACUCGAAUUAAAUUAAAUUAGCUCACUUACAAAUCAAUUUUACCGGAUUUUUAGAAAGAUCAUAUGUUGAUUUUUUUUUUUUUUUCUUGUUCUUGUAUUCGUUUACAUAAUUAUACUGUUGAUUGAAGAGUAAAAACAUGCACACGGUAAAAGGAAAAUGUCAAUAUACUUCUGUAUGAUUAUCUUUUUCUUUGGAGUACUGACAAUUAUAAUUAAUAAGUAACAUCUUGCGGCAUAUUAUAUA